AAUCAAAUUUUAUAUAAUUUGUGAAUUAAAAGAACACUAUUAGACUAAAGUCUUUAACAUAACAAAAGUGUUUUUGUAAAUCUUCUGAUUUAAAUUAAUGAAUCUUGAAAAUAUCAUUAAUAAUGAGCUCAAAAAUAAAAAAACUUUUAGUUGAGAAUGCUAAUCAAUUAACCAAUAGUAGUAGAAAUGUUCUGGGCAGCUUGAGUAAUAAGAAUAUGCAUGUGUCAUAUAAACAUAAUGAAAAUAUUUUUAUUGUAAAUUUAUAUUGUAAAGACAUUCAUAAACUAGAAAAAAAUACAGUAAAUGAUAAUCAAAUAACGUUCGACGUCAAGAGAAAUGUAUUUAUUAAAACUGUAUUAGACAAUCUAAAAAAUAUAAGAACCUCAUUGGAACCAAAAAAAAUAGUCAUCGAUUUCAGUUCUCCAAACAUAGCUAAACCAUUUCAUGUCGGUCAUCUUCGAUCUACAAUAAUUGGUAAUUUCAUAGCAAACAUAAACAAGUAUUAUAACAAUAAUGUUACUAAAAUAAAUUAUUUAGGUGAUUGGGGAACACAAUUUGGUUUUUUACAAUAUGGCUUAAAACAAAAGAAUGUCACACUUAACAAUCUUAAUGAUCCAAUAAAGACACUGUAUGAAGUAUAUGUUGAAGCUAAUAAGUUAGCACAGGUUGAUGAAAAUGUAUCGAUUGCCGCAAAGAAAUACUUCUCCGACAUAGAACAUGGCAAAACAAAUCUAGAUAGCUGGAAGAAAAUAAGAGAUAUAACUAUCAAAGAAUUAGAGAAUGUUUACCAAAGAUUAGGAAUAAAAUUCAAUGAAUACCAUUGGGAAUCAGAUUAUAAUGGUAAAGCCAUUAAGGGUAUAUUGGACAAAUUACAAGACCAUAAUAUUAUGACAUCAGAUAGCACAGGAAAAAAAAUAGCCAAAGUUAAUGACAGGAAUGUGACAGUUUUAAAAAGCGAUGAUUCAACAUUAUACCUCUCCAGGGAUAUAGCCGCGCUCCUGGAUAGGUAUGAUAGAUAUAAAUUUGACAAAAUGUUGUAUGUUGUUGACAAUUCACAGACGGACCAUUUCGUAGCAGUUUUUGAUAUAGUCGGUAAGUUAAAUAAGAGCGCUGCAGAGUGCUCUAAACAUAUUAAGUUUGGUAGAAUUAAAGGAAUGAGCACCAGAAGUGGAAAUGUUAUAUUUCUCAAUGACAUAUUAGAUGAAGCCAAGCAUAAAAUGUAUGAACAACAAAAGAUGUCUAAAAAUACUAGAAGUGCUGCCAUUAAUGAACAAACCUGUGACAUUCUUGGAACGACAGCCGUACUUAUCAAUGAUCUGAAGCAGAGGCGACAAAAAGACUAUACAUUCAGCUGGGAAAGGGCAUUGCAAAGCGAAGGGGACAGCGGAAUCAAACUGCAAUAUCUUCACUGCAGAUUGUGGAGCUUAGAACGAAAUUGUGGUGUGCCGCUACCGAAUACAUUGGAACCAGAAUACUUAAAAGAAGAAAUAGUUGGCGAUAUAGUUAAUGAACUUGCAAGAUUUGAGGAUGUUAUGAACCAGGCAUAUAAUGAAAGUGAAGCUUGUAUAAUAGUAAAUUAUUUAUUUCGACUAUCAAAUAUGGUCAAUCGUAUGUUCAAUGAGCUGAAAGUUAAAAAUGUUAAUCGUGAUGUCGCUUCCCAAAGGCUCCUCGUUUUUAAUUCUGCAAGAUUUGUAAUUAAAACAGCUUUGGAAAUUCUAGGUGUAAAACCUCUACUUGAAAUGUAACAACAAAAAAAGUUAUGAAAUAAAAUCAAUAAAGGCAGUAGUGUGUU